GGGGCAAAAACAAUCCCAAUCCCAAAUGUAAAGAAACAAAUCCCUAGUCCAGUGCCAGUUCCCGCUUCCAUCUUCUAAUGCUUCUUCUUCCAUAGCACAAAAUCUCUAGUCAGCAUUCGAGCUUUGUCGAUAGCGUCUCCGACGAAGCUAAUUCGACGGCGGUUAACGAACUCCAGCACGCGAGCUUUGCCGAUAGCGUCUCCGACGAAGCUAAUUCGACGGCGGUUAACGAACUCCAGCACGCGAGCUUUGCCGAUAGCGUCUCCAACGAAGCUGAUUCGACGGGCAGUUAACGAACUCCAGCAUGCGAGCUUUGCCGAUAGCUUCUCCGACGAAGCUGAUUCGAAAGGCGGUUAAUGAACUCUCUGGUAGCUGUUCGUGAAAUUUGAUAGAGAUUGCAAUCUCCGAUUGAAAUCAAUUUUGAUUCUCUCAAUUAGGAUGCUUCUCUCAUCGACACUAAUCCGGGUGCAUUGGAUGAGUACGGGAGGCUUAGGAUCUUGCCUUAUCACGAACUCAGCUUACCUCCUCAUGAUUGCUGCCUAUGUCCUUCCAAUAUGUGCUAGUCAAGCAGUAGAAUAAACCAACUAAAACAGAGGCAUGCCACCACUGACGAUACCUUUACCAUUACAUACAGCAGCUGGGAAGAAGCUUCAUUUUGUUCUGGUCAUUGAUAUACAGGUAC